CGUGAAGGGCAUGAACUCUUUUUCCCUAUCUGUGUGCGUGUGCCUGUGAAACUUGUGAGAAGAUAAAAGGGCUUGUGAAAACCUUGUUGAGCAGACACUCCUGACUGAUCAGACCUCAGCAGACAUACCAGCAGAACUGCACAGUGUGAAAAAAACAACCUGCCAAGAUGUGUUGCUCCGGCUUUCUCAAGAUGAUGAUGUUCAUCUUCAAUGGCGCCAUCUUUCUGGCAGGUGCGGGCAUCCUCGGUGUGGGUGUGUGGGUGAAGGUGGACAGUGGUUCUCUGACGGGUUUACUGGAGAGUGCAGAUGCACCGUCUGAGUUAUCGGUGCUGGCCAACGUCAGCUACCUGCUCAUUGGGGUGGGUGCUGUGCUGCUGGUCAUAGGCUUCCUGGGCUGCUGCGGAGCUGUCAAGGAGAGCAGGUGUAUGCUGCUAACGUUCUUCAGCAUUGUGCUGAUUAUCUUCAUCGUCGAGGUUGCUGGUGUUGUGCUGCUGUUUGUCUUCAAUGAUUUGUCUGAUCAGAUUGUUGUGGCUCUGGAGCAAGAGGUUGGAAAAAGCCUUGGAGAGCAGUUUGGACGCAGUGACAGUGAGGGUUUCACCUCUGUCUGGAACACCACCAUGAAGGAGUUUCAGUGCUGUGGAGCCAAGAACUACACAGAUUUUGAUGGCUCCCCUUUUAACACUGAGAAUGUAAAUGUUUAUCCACAAACAUGUUGCAAUGAAACCAUCACGGUGGGCGUAUGCAAUGAAUACGAAGCAGAGCGUUCGCACAUUGCUGGCUGCGUAGGAAAGCUGGUGCAGCUGAUAGAGGAAAACGCUGUCAUCAUCGCAGCUGUGGUUCUUGCGAUCGCUGCUCUGGAGAUUGCUGCCAUGGUGGUUUCGAUGGUUCUCUACAAGCAGAUCGGCAACAAGGCGUGAUGUGUCCUGUUUGGGAUGAGAUAACAACAUCGUAAUUGGUGGAGAAAUUGUACUUGUAAGAGGCUUUCUAUGUAUAAAGGUUUUCUUUUUUUUAUGUGAUUUAAAAAUGACAGACAAUCAGACAGACACACUUUUAACGCUCUACAUGCAUUAUGCAGAGCAUGAUCUAAUAUGUUUUUAGUUUCAGAACUAUAUCUGUACACAUUUAUACUGUUAUAUAUUUAUGAAGGAAGGGCUGCUGUCAGCGGACAUUGUAUGUGCUGAUAUAUGUUGGUAAUAAUAUAUGAUGAUGCACAGAGCUGGACAGGCUGUGUCAGUUGUUUACAUCCCCCACACAUUCACUGCAAGCUGUAAUAUAAUGAAUUUAUUUUUGUAUUUUUGAUCAUAUUAAAAUACAUAUCACAAUCCUAACCUUCUUUUAUUUACACAUUA